UCCGGCACACGCACGUACACACACACACGUGUGAGAGAAUAGUGUUUCUCAGUUUAUUGCUUCUACAGCCUUUUCUGUUUGUGAAUAUCUUACGGCAGAAACGUGUGCUUUAGACUCUUUAGACUUGCUUUGCACUGUACUCAUAUGAGUUAGCUCCGAUGCUAACAAGGUGUUAAACAACAGCAAGAAGAGCAGCAGUCGGUCGUAUAACCACUGUUUACAUUCGCAACCACAUCGACAUCCAACUUUGGCUCUGAAUGGCUGACUCGGAGCAUGUGCCCCUCCAGGCUGGAGAGAAAAGAGUCUGUCCAGAGAAUGAAGAAGGUACACCUUCGAAGAAACCUAGAGUUGAGAGCGAUCAUGAAAAUGGCGGUCAGUCUCGCCAAGAUGAGGAAGGAGAACCUCAGGGUGGAGCAAGUGAUGUAGAGGAGGAUGGAGAGACCUUUGCUGACAUGAUGAAGCAUGGUCUCACUGAGUCAGAUGUCGGCAUUUUAAAAUAUGUCAGCGACCAUGAGGGCUUCUCUGGUAUCCUGAAAGAAAGAUAUUCUGAUUUUGUGGUGCAUGAAAUCAACAAACAAGGGAAGAUUGUGCAAUUAGAUGACCUCUCUAUUCCUGCAGAUCAGGAGGAAGCCCCGGAGGCCGAGCAGCAGCCAACAGAAUCAGAUUCACUGAGUGAAGAGCAGAAGAAGCAGCUGGGAGAGCUGCAACUCUUCAAGAACAAGGAGGGCAAUGUCUCUAUAGAGGUGAUGGAAGACUCAAAGGAGAAGAGAACACUGGUCCACAAAGCCAUCAAGACUCAGUUUCCUGGUCUUGAAACAAAGACGGAGGAGAGAGAUGGACGCAAGUUCAUUGUGGCGUACCAUACAGCUGGGAAGAGAGCACUUGCAGCUCCAAGGAAACACUUUUGGCCCAAAAACCGUGGCAACUUUUGCCAUUUUGUCCUGUACAAGGAGAAUAAAGACACCAUGGAUGCCAUUAACGUGCUGUCAAAGUUCCUCAGACUCAGACCCCAGAUGUUUUCUUACAUGGGAACCAAGGACAAGAGAGCCAUCACUGUGCAGGAGAUUGCUGUGAUGAAAAUCACAGCAGAGAGGUUGGCUCAUCUCAACAAGUGUCUCAUGAACCUCAAGGUUGGAAACUUCUGCUACAAAAACCAUCCUCUAAAACUGGGCGAGCUGCAGGGCAACAAUUUCACAGUCGUCAUCAGAAACAUCUCAGGAACAGACGAGCAGGUCCACCAGGCCAUGACGUCACUCAAACAGACAGGUUUUAUCAACUAUUUUGGUAUGCAGCGGUUUGGGACCACGGCUGUUCCUACGCAACAGGUCGGCAAGGCCAUUUUGAAAAAUGACUGGAAACAAGUGGUUGAUUUGAUACUAAAGCCCCGUCCCGGAGCAGAGAAAGAGUUCCUGGUGCGGUGCAGGGAGGAGUGGGCGAAGACUCAAGAUCCAGAGGCUGCCUUGAAAAAGUUGCCCAACAAACGCUGCGUGGAGGGGCAGCUGCUGCGAGGCCUGUCCAUGUACGGGAAAAACAACAUCGUCAAUGCCUUCGGACUGAUCCCCCGGAACAACCGCCUGAUGUACAUCCACAGUUACCAGAGCCUGGUGUGGAACACCAUGGUGAGCCGUAGGAUUGAAGCCUACGGUCUUAAACCGGCGGAGGGAGACCUGGUCCUAAAAGGCACCACAGCACAUGUGCUGUCUGCAGAGGAGGCUGAGAAUUCCUCCAUCCAUGAUAUUGUGAUGCCUCUUCCAGGGUUUGAUGUCAUCUAUCCUACACAUCCCGUGGGUGAAGGUUACAAAGAGCUGCUGUCUGCAGACGGGCUGGACAUAAAUAACAUGAGACACAAAGUGAAGGACUAUUCUUUGGCUGGAGCUUAUAGACGUGUCGUCAUCAGACCCAGUGAUGUCAGCUGGGAAGUGAUUCAUUACGACGACCCCAAGAUUUCACUGGUGCACACAGAUUUUGAAAAACUGGAGAACAAGCCGGCACCGGUCUUCAAGACAGAAGGGAAGGACCGGGCGCUGCGGAUGGAGUUUUCUCUGCCUCCUUCCACCUAUGCUACCAUGGCCAUCAGAGAGGUCCUCAAGUUGGACACGAGCAUAAAAAAACAAACCCAGCUCAACACCACUUGGUUCAACUGAGACCUGAUCAUGCUGCAACAGACUGCAAGGAACUGAAUGUUUAUGUUGGAAACCUUCUGUUCAGAGCGGUGAGUGUGUGUAGGUGUGUGUGUGUGCUUAGUUGGGUUCUAUGUGAAUCCAAAUGUCAUUUCUUUGGAAUACAAAGUGCUGAGUUUUAUUCAAUGACGUUUUUACUCGCCUCAAACAUUUUUGUUGAGUGAUAAUGUGAUAUUUCAUGUAUAGAGGAGUAAUUUCUCCUGCACAUGCCAUCAAAUCUGUUUUUUACCAGAUCAUGUUUUUUUUCAAACAAUUUAACUAAUUCUGAAAAAAUAAUAAACUAAAAGUUUGAUUAUGCCUUUAAA